AUGCAGCGGGAACUGCUGCAAGUGAGAGCCAUUGAGGGAAAGGGAACCCUGUCAGGUGAGAAGGAGCUGCGGAUCAAAAACCGAACAGGUAGUAACCCGCCGCCUGAGGAACGAUGGGAUGGCCCUUUUUUCCCCCAACGUCCAGCCUUCAGUUCGGCACGGAAAUGGAAAGGAACUGUGGAUGAGGAGAAGGAUGUGAAUAUCGAUGACUCUGUGCAGAAGAUUCACCGGGAUGGGCCAGUGGGCGAUCAUAAGAGAGCAGCUGUUUAG